AGCUCCGAAGGCGGGCCGAACAGCGAUGCAGGCAUUUGAAUCAUGGAGACCGUCGGUCAGACCGCGUCUCUCCACCCCACGGCGGUCGUUGAUAUCACGUUAAGUUCAAACAGUGCCCGGCGACGGCGUGGUUCAUAUAUAACCGCUCGGCUGAAAUUUGCUGUUCAGUGUGUGGGCGGGCGCCGAGUAGCGUGCUCUUUUCCACGUCUUCGCAGAGCUCCUUUGCAUCGGUAGAGGGAGAGACAGAUAGAGAGAGAAUACAGUGUGAGAGAGACACGGAGGGAGAAUGGCUCUCCAGAAGGAAGAAAUUGUUUUCCUCGAUCGAUCUGCCCGACAUACUAGAGGAAAAAGGAUGACCAAGUUACUUGAUGAAGAGGUAGAAAUGGACAAUCAGUUUUGGAAUCAAGAUGCUUUGAAAGAGGUGGAGGAAGAUGCUAAUUAUGAAGAAGAGCAAGAGAUUGCUGACGAAUUUGAUAGUGAUUUUGAUGAAGAUGAGCCCGAUCCAGAUGAUGAUGGGGAAAAUGAUGGAGAAGAAGUGUAUGUUUCAAACAAGUUGUUUGUCAGUCAAAAGUUUUUGACUUUUUUCUAUAUUGACCAUUUUAUAUUUUACAGGGUUCGUGUGAAAAAGCGACUGAUAUUUCCUGGGAAGUCAGCUAACAAGAAAAAAAGCAAAAAGAAGGUCCUAACUGCACUCGAUAGAACAAGCAAGGAUGUGCAUUCUCCUGAUAGGUCGCCAUCUGUCCAGCCUGAACAGCAGGAUGCUCCUGAUGAUGGAACUGAGAGAGUAGUCAGGAAGUCCACAAGAACUUUGGUUAUUGUAAGACAGGCGGAAAGAGAGGCAAUACGUGCAGCACUACAAGCUACCAUGAAGCCUAUUAAAAGGAAAAAGGAAGGCGAGGAAAAGCGAAUGACUCAAGAAGAGAUGCUCUUAGAAGCAGCACAAACAGAGGUUAUGAAUCUGAGAAAUUUGGAGCAUGUCCUAGCUCGUGAGGAGGAAGUCAAGAAAAGAGCAGUUGUUCACAAAGAGGUCUAUGAUGGUCCUCAAGUACGAUACUACUCCAGAGAUGGAAAAAACUAUGUGGAGUUCCACAAUGGUUUGUCAUUCCAGUCUGAGAUAUGUACGAACCAACUUCCUUAUUCGGAGCAAGUUCUUUGUGCUGUUACGUCUAGGCCUGCCAUGUACCGGGACCCAUUAACAGGGCUGCCUUAUGCAACAAAAGAGGCCUUUAAAUUCAUAAGAGAACGCUUUUCCCAGGUUGGAAGUAAUAACAAGGAAAAGAUUGGUACGGGAACCCUCUUUGGCUUGGUGUCAGAGCAAGGAUUUACAGUGAGAAGGAAAAGGUCAAAAAUUCCUAGUAAAAACUAUCAAAGCAAGUUGUUUCGAUAAAGGGUUUUGUGUUGGUGUAGAUAAUUGAGGUCUUGGAAGCCCCUCGGGUUCCUUUUGGGGAUGCAAUUGUUUCAUAACUUCAGAACGGGUCAUGGAGUUGCCUCACUUAAAGCUUGGAUAUUGGGCAAUUUAUUUCUCUCUUGUAACUGCUUGUCUAUCUCAAGCGGGGGUUGUGUUACCAUUACGUGUGCAGUCCGCAGCCCUUGACCUGGGAAUGGAGAAAGAUGACGGUUCACCAUCUCCGUUCUGCAACCCAAGUCUAUCCAUGGAGUAUGAGGUGAUGAAGAGGAAAUGUAUCUGCAAUAAAAGUCUAAGCAUUCUCAUGCUUCACUUAUUGAUCUAGUAUAUUUGGAAGCUGAAGCCUCUCUUGCUCGCCCUCUCUCUGUCCUUUUCUCAUAUAUAUAUAUAUAUAUAUAUAUAUACACUCUCAAUAAUACAAUGUGGAACCUUGACUCUGGGUCCCAAUGUACCCAAUUGGUUGUAGCUGAAUUGAAUAUGUGUGAUAUUAUUGUAUCCAAUAGAGUGUAAAAGAACAUAUUAGACAUAAAAUUGCAUUCAAUUACCUGUUUUAGCAAAUUAUUUCCCACUGUUUU